CAACAGUGAAUUGUGUCCCAGCGACGGUUGCUCGAGCUCGCUGUGUAGGGGUUCACAGUUUGACUGUGAACAGCUGAAAGUUGUGAAAGUGUCGUGUUCUUAGCGGCAAACUUUUAACUGAAGUGUUUCAGGAAAUGUAAUUUCUAAUGUUUUAGCCUAAUAAACGAAAGCAGCCGUUAUGCUAGCUUAGCUACCGGGCUAGUCGCACUGUAACCAGGGCUACGCACACACACACACACAGAGCUGAUGGCUCGGUUAUUUCAGGUGAAACGAUUGAGUUAAGUGUGUCUUUAUGUGUGUUAAACAAACACUAUGGAGAAAACACGCCCAUCUUCUGCUGAGGGUCCUGAGAGCAAUGGAAGCUUGGAUGAAGCUUCUCGCUGUGGUUCACAUGUGUCAAGUUCUUCAAAAACAGGAUACAUUAAGAGUGAUUUCAUGAUGAUGACACCGGAGGAGAAGCUCAAACACUUUGACAGCCAAGCUCAGGUUCAUGAAGACAACCAAGAGUUCGAUUCCUGCAUCCAGGACCUGGUCCGCUGUGUGGCUCUGACCAGGCUGGUAUAUGGGGAUGGACAUCUGAAACGAGCCCAAGCUCAUGCCAGACUGGCUAAAGCAUAUUUCCAGUUCAAAGGUUGGGGACUGCAGGCCCUGGAACACGCAGCCUCGGCCAGAGAGCUGCUCCCUCACUGCUCCUCCAUCUCCUCCUGCAGCAGUGAAAAACAAGAUGUUCGCGCAUGUCUCCUGGCCAUAAACCUCACACAGGGAGGCGCCGCUCUGCUUACAACCAAUCUUGACGAGGCAGAAUCGUCUUUUCUGGAGGCAGAACAAGUUCUUAAGGAUCUUCAUCAACACAAUGCCAUCGACCAGGAGGAGGAGACGAGGACAGCACUGGAAAUCUCCUCCAGCCUGUGCAGGGUGUAUAGGAGACAGAACAGGCAUGAGGAAGCUUUGAGAUGGUGUGAGAAGUCCUUGCAUCUACUGAAGGAGUGUGAUAAACCGGAGAAGACCUGCACUGUCUACAGGGACAUGGCUGCCAUUGAACAGGACAAAGGUCAUUUGGACCAAGCCAUAGAGCAUCUCUCCAAGGCUCAUGCCGUUGCUAUGAGCCACAGCCUAGGGGAGCUCGAGGCGGCCCAGAUCUCCCACAGCCUGGCCCUCGUCCUCUCUGCUGCAGCAGAGUCCCAUCACAAUGAUGUCGACUCUACAGGUCACUACUUUGAGCAGAGUCUAAGUGCAUAUGAAAACUCUGUCGGUGCACAGGACCCAGCCUUUCUCUCUGCCCAGGAUGAUUUCUGUCGUUUCCUCCUCUUCAAUGGCCAGCAAGAGAGAUGUGUGGAGAUCCAGAGAUCCUCUCUCCCUUUGAAGCGAUCUACAUUUGGUGACCUUAGCACCGAGGUAGCGGACACUCUUCAGCUGAUUGGGAGUGUGGAGAUGACUGAGGGCAGGAUGGUGCAGGCCCACAGGACUAUGACCAAGUGCCUUGAGAUUCAGAGUUGGACGUAUGGGCCUCAGCACAAGAGGACAAAAACAACUCGGAAAGCUGUGGACAUGUUGGCCCGGGCACCAGAAGUGGCAGAGAGACUACAAAGACUGGGUAGAAGAAAAAUAUAAGUGGCAGUGAUGAAGCAAACUCAAUGCUGGACUCUUAUACUGUAAAUAUUCUUUAUUAUUAUUAUUAUGUCAUUGAAACAAAUUUGAAGGUUUGGACAAACAAUCUAUUUUUCCAUCAAACCUGCCUGUGGGACAAAUAACUAUUCCUGAUGAUUAUGUGUCGUCCACACAGUAUAUUGGCUUUAAAGAAAAAGUCACACACGAGUAUCAUACCCACACAAGGUUUUAAUUUCAUAUUAACAUGAAUCAUUUUCCAGAUAUGGGGUUG